UAGGUUGACUACGGUCUGCAGCGCUGAGCUGAGCGGGGCCGUGUGAGGAGAGCAGUGCAUUUAAAACCGCCCAGGGAAGACACCACACUAACGAAGCUACUUUUGGUUUUAUUUUCGCCGCCUCCCCUCCCUCCUCGCCCCGGGUUGACUCUGUCUGGUCCACCAUGAGUUGGUCGAGAAGACUGCAGCACCGGUUUACCUGAGCAAGUGUUUUUAUUUAUUUUCUUCCCUCCAACCAAACACGAACUCUGCUGUGACUUUUUAUUUCAUUUUAAUUGAAUGCCGUGUCGGACUGCUGCUGCUGCCAUCCUGAAAGAAAUAGGAGGGCUCCUGCUUGUGUCAACUUGAGUAUUUGCUUUUAAAGAAAAGCAAGGUUAUGUAGCCAGCCAUUGCUGUCGGACACAUCUCCGCCCCGUUGUUUACAUGUUGUAAUUGGAUUUUCCAUCAUUUGCAGCAGCAGUAGCCCCAGCAGUAGUAGCUCAGGGUCUCCACCCUCCUCCUCCUCUUGUUCCUCCUCCUCCUCCUCCUGUUCGGAGCGUUUUGCCGGGUCGUCCAGGUUGUGUAGAAGAAGAAGAAGAAGAUGGGACUACCUGCUCUGGAGUUCAGCGACUGCUACCUGGGCAGCCCGCAGUUCAGGGAGAGACUCAAGUCCCACGAGCUGGAGCUGGACAAGACCAACAAGUUCAUCAAGGAGCUGAUCAAAGACGGCAAGGCGUUGAUCCAGGCUUUAAAAAGUCUGUCAACAGCCAAGAGGAAGUUUGCUGACUCACUCAACGAAUUCAAAUUCCAGUGUAUUGGAGACGCCGAGACGGAUGAUGAGAUAUGCAUAGCCAAGUCUCUGCAGGAGUUUGCAACAGUCCUACAGAACCUGGAGGAUGAGAGGACACGUAUGAUCGAAAAUGCCAACGAUGUGCUGAUUAUGCCUCUGGAGAGGUUCAGGAAAGAACAGAUCAGCGCAGCCAAGGAAGCCAAAAAAAAGUAUGAUAAAGAGACAGAGAAGUAUUGCGCAGUUCUGGAGAAACACCUUAGCCUUUCGGCAAAAAAGAAGGAGUCCCAUCUACAUGAGGCGGACAACCAGGUAGAUCACGUCCGGCAGCAUUUCUACGAGGUCUCUCUGGAGUACGUCUUCAAGGUGCAGGAGGUCCAAGAGAGGAAGAUGUUUGACUUUGUGGAGCCCCUGUUGGCGUUCCUUCAGGGCCUAUUCACCUACUAUCACCACGGCUAUGAGCUGGCAAAGGACUUCAACCACUUCAAGACUGAUCUCACCAUCAGCAUACAGAAUACGAGGAACCGCUUUGAGAGCACGCGGUCGGAGGUGGAGAUUCUGAUGAGGAAGAUGAAGGAGAAUCCACAUGAACACAAGAGUGUCAGCCAGCACACCAUGGAGGGAUACCUGUUUGUGCAGGAGAAGCGCUCAUUUGUAUCUACCUGGGUGAAGUACUACUGUACCUACCAUCGUGAGCCCAAGAGGGUCACCAUGGUCCUGUUUGACCCUAAAUCAGGAGGGAAAACGGGAGAAGAGGAGAGCUUCACCCUCAAGUCUUGCACCAGGAGGAAGACGGACUCGAUAGAAAAGAGGUUCUGUUUUGAUGUGGAGGCUGUGGACAGGGCGGGAGUGAUCACCAUGCAGGCUCUGUCGGAAGAAGACCGCCGGUUGUGGAUGGAGGCCAUGGAUGGGAGAGAACCGGUAUACAAUCUGAACAGAGACAACCAGGCUGAAGGCAUGACCCAGCUGGACGUGAUUGGGUUCAACGUGAUGAAAAAGUUUAUUCGUGCAGUGGAGACUCGAGGUAUCAAUGAUCAGGGCUUGUACAGAAUUGUUGGCGUCAGCUCCAGAGUACAGAAACUACUAGGUUUUGCUAUGGAUCCUAAGACAUGUGCUGACGUGGAGCUGGAAAACUCAGAGUGGGAGAUCAAAACUAUCACGAGUGCUAUCAAGCACUAUCUCAGAGUGUUGCCCGGACCUCUCAUGACGUACCAGUACCAGAGGAGCUUCAUCAAAGCUGCCAAGUUGGACAACCAAGAGGCUAGGGUGACAGAGAUCCAUGCCCUGGUGCACCGGCUGCCUGAGAAGAACAGACAGAUGCUGGAGCUGCUGAUGAAACACCUGGCCACUGUGGCAAAUCAUCACCACCAGAACCUGAUGACCAUCGCCAAUCUGGGUGUGGUCUUCGGGCCAACUCUGCUCCGGCCGCAGGAGGAGACGGUGGCCGCCAUCAUGGACAUCAAGUUCCAGAACAUUGUAGUAGAGAUCCUCAUAGAGCACCACGAGAAGAUAUUCAGAGACGUGCCGAUUUCUGCAGGCGCCCCGACCAACCUGCCACUCAACGUGUCCAGGAGGAGAAGCAGCGAGAUCAAAGCCCCGUCCUGUAGCGAAAGGCCUCUCACACUGUUCCACACACCAACACAUUCCCAGAAAGGUGAAAAGAAGAACAGUGUUGCCAAUGCCACAGUCGCUGAACUGCAGCAGCCGGUUUCCUCCUCUGCCAACUGUAACAGCAGCAGCAGUAGCAGCAGCAGCAGCCAGGGUCGAACCCCGAGACACAGCCUGACCAGCAACGACGGAGAGCAGGACACCCGGCAGAUCCGGCCCAGCUCACUGCUGAACCCAAAGAGUCGUGGCAGCAUACCAAGCAGUGCAAAGUCUCCCAGCCCCACUUCACCACGCUCUCCCUCCUGGCCCAUGUUCUCAGCCCCAUCAAGUCCGCAGCCGACAUCCUCCGCCUCCAGUGACUCUUCCCCUGUCAGUGUUGCGGGCAGGAAGGCUCGAGCACUAUAUGCCUGCAAGGCAGAGCACAACUCUGAGCUGUCCUUCAUCGCAGGGACCAUCUUUGAAAACGUUCAUGUCUCCAGGGAGCCCGGUUGGCUGGAGGGAACUCUGGACGGCCGAACAGGAUUGAUACCAGAAAACUAUGUGGAGUUUUUAUAGUUCAGGGCCAAAAAAAGACUGCAUGAUACUGGGCUGGAGUUAGCUAUUAGAUCAUAUAUAUCAUUAAGGACUGGACCAUUGUCGAUGAGGCCUCUCGUGUCUGGACUAGACUGGAAAAUAAAACUGGACAAAACAGAACUUUAUGGAAUAGAUAUGACGCAGGACCGAAGGAGAGACCCAUGAAUUGCACUGGAAAAAAAAGAAGUAAAGAUGAGUCCCACUGUUACUAGGUUAGUGUGGAAGACUUCCCAAGUCCUGGGGGAAAAGGAUGUGGUGUGGGAGUGUGGGGGGAGGGAUCACAUGUACAAAUGAGUUGAUAUUUCUGAGAUGUAAGGCUUUUCAGCCCUUGAUUUAUUACUUCAAACUGCACUGCCAUUGCUUCAGAGUCUCCUCUUUUUAUCAGCCAGAUAUUGAAAAGCUUCUUGUUGAGAUGAUGACAAGGGAAGCGGUUGAAAAGCAAGCGGCCUUUAACUUUGGACUUGCUUGUUCACGUCCUCACUGUGCGCCGUUUGAAUGAUUGCUAUUCCCAUUGAGGGACCGGAGCUUUUUUAAGGCCGAUUUUAAAUGAUUGGGUUUUUUGGUUGCACGGCUGUACAUUUGUUCAUGAGCACUUGCUGUGGCGGUCCGGUAAUUCCCCAGGACGAGACUCAACCCCGCUAAUGUUUUAGAGCUCUGGUUCAGCAGCAGGAGCCCCGGGGCAGAUCAUCUCAGGAUGAGGUUACCUUGAAAACGGUUCGCCAAAAGGUCAGCGUUGGGUUUAUCCUUAUCCAUUGUGCCUCCCUUCAGAUCAAAAAAUGUGGAAAAUCUCAAACAAGCUCCACGAGCAGAUCGGUGGUUUACAAUGCAGCGUAGGAGUAAUACGUCAUUCCUGCUGGUUAGAACAAGGCCAGCUGUGAGGCCUCGCACUGCUUCUCUAGCUUGGAUAUUUUUUAAUUGUUGAAAAUAAUUGGAUCCAUCACUUAUAUGGUGUUGAGUCACGUUUGCACCAUCACAGAGCACCCGUCAACCAAACCAUUGAUGUUUCAGAAAUACAUAUGAUUUAUCAUAUUUUAACCAUCGUGCAUAUUCAAUCAGUAGCUUCGCUGUAGAUUAUUUAAUCUUCAACAGCAUGGAGUGAUCAAACAAACUAAAAAUACAAAAAACAUUUGCUAUUCACGUCAUGCACGCAACACAACGGUCUUUUCCAUUUUUAUUUAUUUUUAUGUAGAACCGCAAGACAAUGCUAAUAAUGUAAUUAUCUGACAUUGACAUUCAAAAAGCUCAUGUAUAAGUAAAGGAAAUGCAGAUGUGGCUUUCAGAGAAGCUCAGGCAUUUAAACAAAAGAGAAAACAUCCAUUUAUUAGAAUUGCUUAUAUGUAUAUUAUGCACGCUGGUCUGCUUUGGGGCUCCAAUUCAAGUCCUCGUUUCAUUAAUCAAAGCUGAACUUUUUCCUUAAACCACUUGGUGAACAUCUGCAUCAAAGCUUUUGAUUGUAGGACAGAGUAUUGAAAGACUGUUUUAGCAUUUCAACAGGAAAAUAAAAAUGGGAGGGUAAAGAAAAAAACUUAAAUGUGAAUUGAGACUACUUUGUUUAUAUCUGAACUUCUUAUUUAUGAGAGUUUCUUAAAGACUCAAUCUUGAACUGUAUUCAUUUUGAGGUGUUUAUUGUCAUUGUAAAUAUAUACACAGCAUUUGAUAAGGUAUGUUUUUUUAAUUAUGAAAUUUUAUAUUUUGUAUUUUUAGCAUACUAACUUAAUUUCAUAAUUUUUUCGUUUUCUUUGUUGCCCAGAUUUUUUGUACCAUUUAAGUCUAUCUACAGCCUUAAAUAUUCUUUCAGAUGUUUUGGUGAAUUGACAAGAUUGUGCAGAAUAAAGAUUAAUGUUCAACAGCUGCA